ACCCCCCUUCCCUUCCGAUCGGAUCUGUUAUUUCCUUUUCUAGGAUAACUCUCAUUCCACCCCCGUCCCAACCCUCCGUUUUAAUAAUGGCACGAUUUAAUGAACCCGCUCCUCCGCCACCUGGUCUCUGUUUCCUCACCUCCCACGCCUCCCUCCCUUCCCUUCCACCAGCAUCGCUCCCACCUCUCCCGUAAAAAUAAACACCGCCCGGAGGCCAAAACAACGCCAAGAAAAGUAGAAGCAGGAACGAAUGGAAUCCAGGAAGGCCAGAACGCAGAGAAAUAUUAGAUAUGGAGAGAGAGAAGAAAGGCGACGCCUUUGGAGAUAGAUAGAUCCUGGUGUCGGAAUUCGGUCAUCGAAUACUUGAACGCGGUUUUAAGGAUUACAAGCGUAGAGGAGUGGAGAGGAAAGGAGGAAGGGGAGAAGGGAGAAGGGAAAGGGAAGAGGAGGAGGAGGAGGGAAUGGGGAACGUGACGUCGUCGGUGGCGGCGAAAUUCGCGUUCUUUCCGCCGGAGCCGGCGACAUACGAGGUGGUGAGGGAGGGGGGAGGGGGAGGGAGGCUGUUCAUGACGGGGGUGUCGCCGGACAAAAACGUGGAGGUGCACCUACUGGAGACCAAGGCCGGGAACCGGAUCGCCGCCGCCUUCUGGCGACACCCCCUCGCUCGCUUCACCGUCCUCUACUCCCACGGCAACGCCGCCGACCUCGGCCAGAUGGUCGACCUCUUCCUCGAGCUCCGCGCCCACCUCCGUGUCAACAUCAUGAGUUAUGAUUACUCUGGUUAUGGGGCUUCCACUGGGAAGCCAUCGGAGUUCAAUACGUACUAUGACAUAGAGGCUGUUUAUGAUUGUUUGAAGAAAGAGUAUGGGAUAAGACAGGAGGAUCUGAUUUUGUAUGGCCAGUCUGUUGGUAGUGGACCUACAUUGCACUUGGCUGCACGCUUGCAGAAACUGAGAGGUGUUGUCCUUCAUAGUGCAAUCCUAUCAGGCAUACGUGUCUUGUACCCUGUGAAGGUGACAUUCUGGUUCGAUAUUUUCAAAAACAUUGACAAGAUACGACAGGUCAGCUGUCCUGUUCUUGUAAUACAUGUAAGUCCUUAUCCAUUGGACAUGGAACAGCUGAUGAUAUUGUUGAUUGGUCCCAUGGAAAGCGCUUGUGGGAGCUAUCCAAAGAAAAGUAUGAUCCACUAUGGGUCAAGGGUGGUGGUCAUUGCAAUCUAGAAACUUAUCCUGAGUACAUCAGGCACCUGCGAAAAUUUAUCAGUGCAAUGGAGAAGCACUCUCUCUCAAAGCAGCAGAAACAAAGCAAUGCACCUGCAUCGACCAUCGCCGAAGUCAAACACAACAAGUGUUUGAGAUUCGGCUUAAAAUGACAUCCUCUGACGGGAUUCAGAAGCAGUUCACUCUUUUAGGAGCCGGUUACCUGUUCAUGGAUGCCUGCUGGUUUCCUAGAUGUAAAAAGAAAAAAAAAGGCUUAUACAGGCAUCUCAUCUGGAGUAUGAUCUCAGUGACAAACAUGAAUCAGCUUUAGAUGUUCUGUCCAGAAAGUUGAUACACCUUUUGAACGCUGGGCAGAGAACACAAAUCCUGAGAAGAUCUUAAUCGACAAACUAUUGUUUCUGGGGUCAAUUUGCUCUUGAGAAUUGAAUUAUUUGUAUGACUUUGCGAGAUCCCGGGUUUCUGUAAACACUUUCGGAUCUGAAAGCAAAUAUAUGUUUCGUUCUCUCUUAUUUAUUUUCAAACUAGUA